CCCUGCUCGACCCCGGGCUCGGAGCUCCGGCGCUUCCCGGGCCGCCGCGGCGGGAUGCGCGUGCCCGGCGCCCGCCGCCUGCUCCUGCUCUCCGCCUGCCUAGGGCUCUGCGGGGCGCUCGGAGCAUCCUUUUACGGUGAAAGCUAUGUGGAGCUCAACAACAUAGAAGUUUCCUCUGAACUAUCGCUUCAAUUAAAAUUUCAAACCAGCAAAUCACAGGGGUUGCUUUUUCUUGCAGCUGGGAAAAAUGACUAUUGCAUAGUAGAACUUCAAUCAGGAAACUUAUGGGCGAGAGUGAAUUUGGGCGCAGGCGAGCAGGUGCUCGUCCCUGCGCGAAGCCUCCCUGUGGAUGACUUGGUCUGGCAUUUGGUGGAACUGUAUCGUAUUAAGGAGAAAGUUUUCUUGGUUAUUGACAACCAUGAGACCAGUGGCCAAGUGGCCGGGGGGGUGCAUAAUUUUAGCUUUCAACACGGAAUCUACAUAGGAGGCCAUGGGGGACUCAGCAUCCCUUACCUAGAUGGAAGGGUCCCCAACUUCCGAGGAUGUAUGGAAGAUGUGGUAUUUAACCACAAGGAGAUCCUCCCGUCCCUUAGAUCUUACCCUGGUUUUAAGCAAGUGCACGAGGUGUCGCUAGGAUGCAGUGAAGAGUUUUUCACAGGGGAGGAUGAAGCCAUCAAUUUCUUUAGCUCUCGGUCCUAUGUCACCUUCCCAGAAUGGAAGGUGCAAGGGGGAGGGGUGUUGGAAUUUGCUUUGCAAACUGGAGCUCAGCAAGCCUUGAUCUUAUUUCAGUCAGGGAAGGAUGGAGAUUUUGUUGCCUUGGAAAUACACGAGGGUCGGUUGAAGGCCCAAGUGGGAAGGAAUAAAAGCAAAACGGAGCUUUCUUCUUUUAUCUUCAUUAGUGACACCACAUGGCAUGCUGUUCAACUCCAGGUCACCGGAGGCCAUUUGGGCCUCGUGGUGGAUGAGCAAGCGGUAAGGACACUGCUGCCUUUGCAAAGUAAGCCGUUGAUAUCACAAGGCCCCCUUUUUGUAGGAGGUCUCGAUAACCAAAUACGGGAAGAAGUGAAGAUGUUGGGCCUUGCCUCUGUGCCUAGGAAAUCUCCCCGAGGAAUCUCUUUGAAAGGCUGCUUACAAGGCUUGGAAGCAAACUCACAAAAGAGAGCCUUGCGGGAGGCCUUGGCUUCCAAAGAUAUUUCUGCUGGGUGCAACUCCAAGAGCACUGGUAACACAAAUCUGUCGGUUACAACAUUGACAAAUCCGCCUCGGUCAGAGGCUUUCUAUUCCACCACAGUCCCCGGUGCCGUCAAGUCCUUUCUUCAAGAACCAAGUAGCUCCUUUCUGGUUUUGAAUAGCUUAGAGGUUCAAGAAGGUGGACGAGCCCAGCUAGAACAAAAGCAUGUGCAGGUAAAUAUGGAAUUUAAGGAUUUGGUUUUCAAUUAUUCUCAACUGCUGUUUAAAAUAGAGGAAUCGCCUCUUCAUGGGCUCCUUCAACUAGAUGUUUCAUCUGAGCAAGAGGUGGCAAAGAUGUUUACUAUGUUAGAUGUGUGGCAGGGAAAAGUGUGGUACGUCCAUGGGGGUGCAGAAGAAUACACAGAUUCCUUCACAUUUCUGUUGUCUUCUAAUAGCAAGAAGGAAAUGCCGUUCUCUCUGCAGGACCAUGAACCAUUCAUGUUCAACAUCAGUGUCAUUCCGGUGAAUGACCCGCCUCAUCUUAGACUCCCAAAUGGAAACAUGCUUCUUGUGUUGGAGAAUGCUAAGAAACGGCUGACCCCGAGUAUAGUACAGGUGUCAGACCCAGACACAGAUGCUUUGAGUCUUAGUUUUUCGGUUCUUGGCAACUUCGAUUCAGAUGCUGGGUUUUUAGAAAAUGUCAAUGACCCUGGGAGAGCCAUUAAUGGCUUUCAAUACCGAGAUUUAAGAGAUGGCAACAUUUUCUUUGUGCACCAUGGGCCUCGAAACUCUCGAAUUAUCCUGAGAGCCAGUGAUGGCAGGCUGGCUAGCAAUACAGUGGUGUUACGGGUCCUGGCCGUUCCGUGGGACUUCAAGGUGGCCAAUAGGACGGGUGUGGUUGUGCAGCAGGGUGGCACUGUUCUGAUUACGCAGAGUAACCUGUCAGUGGAAGUUAGUGGUGACCAUCGUGAGCUGGAGACUCACUACGACAUCACUCAGCUGCCACAGUUUGGCCAGAUCCAGCGCUGGGGGUCACGUGGGGAGUGGAAACAAGUGAGCAGCUUUUCUCAGCGUUCCAUCAAUAAGAAUCGGAUCCGCUACUACAGUACAUUUGAAGAACUACAGCAGAAAAAUGUUACGGAUCAUUUUAAAUUUAGAGUUAACGUUGAAGGAAAAGUCAGCAAAGAGCUUGUGUUCCCUGUGACUGUCCAAUGGCUAAAAUUUAUACUUGUGAAAAACAUCCCUCUCGAGAUCAGUACCAUGAACAAAGCAGUAUUGAGUUCUGAUCAUUUACAGGCUGCGACAGAGGGUGUGGACGUAGCCGAGAGGGAAAUACAUUUUAAGUUACUGACUCCACCUAAGAAAGGAAAAUUGCUGCUUGACAAUGAAGUUCUAAAAACAAACUCAAUCUUCAGCCAAAAAAAUAUCACAGACACUCAGAUAAGUUAUGAACCUCAGCAGAGGCCGAAGGAAGACUCGCAGGAUACUUUUAGAUUUUUAAUUGUUGCAAAACACAUAGAAUCAAAAGAUUAUAGUUUCAGAAUACUCUUGAAAGCACAUGAGACAGGCAUUAUUCUAACAAACAGAGGGUUGAUUGUAAAGGAAGGAGAAGGGAAAUUGAUUACAAAAUCAGAAUUAUUUAUUCAAACCUGGGAAAAUCAGAUCUUCCGCUAUCAAGUCACCAAGAGUCCUCAGCAUGGGAGGCUGACACUGAUGGGUUUCUCAGACACCCUGGAAAGUAACGGCAGCAUCACCACAUUCACUGAUGAGGACAUCGUGGGUGAGCGGCUAAUGUACAUUCACGAUGACUCGGAGACCCGGAACGAUGAGUUCUUUGUUGUGCCGUCUCUAGGCCAGGAGGGAGAGGUCAGGGAUCCUGACGUGCAGCAUUUACCUUCAGAAAUCAAAGUCAACAUUUCUGUUGAGUUAAGAAAUGAUGAACGGCCGGUACGUAUGGUAGACAAGGUAUUUCAUGUUGUGCGGAACAGCCAGCGCUUACUGACCCUGGCAGAUCUCUACUACCAUGACCCUGACGUCGAUUUUGAUGAUGGGCAGCUGCUGUACACCCGGCGGGGCAUCCCAAAUGGGGACUUGGUGCGCGCUGGCAACCCCACUGAACAACUCUACCAGUUCACACAAGAAGACCUACGCGAAGGACGCGUACUCUUCAGACAUCAGGGUGCGGACUCUGCCCGCUUUGUGCUGUUUGUGACAGAUGGUGUUCAUUACACUCCCUCCCUACUUGAGGUCGCCAUAUCAGACCCCUAUGUUCAGAUAGAAAACAACACAGGGCUUCUGGUACAGAGAGGGAUGGACAGCCUCCUCACAGCAGCAAACCUGAGUGUUUCUACCAACCAAGACAUCAGAACGGAUCUUGAGGUUGAAUUCCUAAUCACGAGGCCCCCGAAGCAUGGCACGAUCCUGGUGAACAAUUCUACAUCCUUAUCAUUUUCCCAACAUGACUUGAAGCAAGGACGUGUGACUUACAGACACAAUGGCAGUGGCCACGCUGACAUAUUCAACUUGACGGUGAAAGUUAAAGAUGCACACCUAGAAGUGGGGGUGUGUGUUCAAGUCGAGAUGGAGGAUCGCCACCAUUGGGGUGAAGUUGGGCACAGAAGGAUCCUGGUAGUUGAAGAAGGAAAACCAGUAAAACUGAGCAGAGGAAAGUUGCAGGCUGGAAGCGAGCACGGUAUUCCUCCGGAGGCAGCGUUCAGAGUCAGAGCUCCCCCAGCGCAUGGAUACCUCCAAAGGUCUGUUCCAGAGGAAGGCAGCUUGAGUUCCGACGAGAAGUUCCCUUUGAGUUUUACGCAACAGGAUGUUGAUGAUGGCAACAUCCUUUAUGUGCAGACGGCUCCUGCCCAAAGACAGGACCGGUUUUUCCUAGAUGUGGUGGAUGGCUCCCAAGUGGUGAGCGAAGUGGAGAUCGUGCUGGACAUUGUCCCUAAGUUGAUUCCUCUGGAGGUUCAGAAUUUGACGGUUCGAGAAGGUGGUUCCGCAGCACUUCUGGAAGAGCACCUCAAAAUUCCAAGCAAAUAUUUUGAAGGACUUGACUGUGAAUUUGUUCUUCUUGAACCACCAAAGCAUGGUCAUGUGGAAAACAUUCAUGUUCCAGGAGUAAAGCUAAUGAAAUUUACUAGGAAACAGGUGGAGAAUGAAUCAAUUUUCUACGUUCAUGACGACAGCGAGACGCUGCUUGACAAUUUUACGGUCUUUGCCAAUAGCUCAGAGCUGGGGAAACGAAGUCGGCCGCAAACUCUGUUUGUGACUGUUGAGUCUGUGAACGAUGAAGCCCCAGUAAUAACAGCCAAUAACGUCCUCCAGGUGUGGUCGAACUCCGUCACUGAGAUAACCAGCGGCAACCUCUGUGCAGAAGACGGGGACUCCUCCCUGGGGGAGCUGGUCUACCAGGUCGCGCCACCCAGCAACGGGCACCUGGCGCUGAAGUCCUCUCCCGACCACAGCAUCCAGAACUUCACCCAGGCUCAGAUUAAUGAGGGCCUGGUAGUGUUCGCACACUCUGGAGCAGCUUCGGGAAGCUUUGCUUUUCAGGUUACUGAUGGCUUGAACUUCACGCCCCCGCAACUCUUUAGCAUUAUAGCCCAGGAGCUGACUCUGAGCCUAGGAGUUAACAGAGGACUGAGCGUCUUCCCGGGCUCUGCGAAGCCCCUUUCGCCUCAGGACCUGAAGGUCGUGACUAAUGAUGCUGGAAACAGAACUGUGACUUUUCGGGUUCUGAGCUCCCCUAGACUUGGGAGGUUGCUGAGCAUGAACUCUGACAACUGCACAGAGGAUGUUUCUACUUUUACCCAACAUCUGGUCAGUGAAGGGUUGAUACUGUACCAGCACACGGAUCAGGAGAACGCCGCCUGGACCAUGCAAGAUUCCUUCACGUUUGUAGCAUCCUCUCCACCUGCAGCAGUUCUAGGCCCUGAGGAAUUCUUUAUUACCAUUUCAUAUGAAAUUAAUGAGCCUGGUCGCCACAGCCAUCUGCUCGCAAAUACAGGAGCUGCCGUCAAGGAGGGAGACAAAGUCCUAAUUGACCGAUCGAAGUUAGAUGCUUCCAAUCUCUUAUUUAAAUUACCCAAAUCUCAGCGCUCUUCCUAUGAAGUUUGGUUCCAGGUUCUAUCUCUUCCCCACCAUGGAACUAUCAUGGUGGGAGAAAGAAACAUUACUGCAGAAAAACCCAAUUUCUCCCAGUUUAUCAUUAAUAAAUUUGGAGUGACAUACCUUCACGAUGACUCUGAAUCACUGACGGAUAAUUUUACCUUUGCUGCUUGGCCAAACAAAAAAAGCACAUCUGCCACCAAGCCAGAAGCUGGUUUUCUUGAGGAGCUGUUUAACAUCACCAUCGCUCCUGUGAAUGACCAGGCACCAGAAUUAAAGACCAAAGGACUUCGGUUGCAAGUGCGGCAGGGCAACAGUUUGGUUGUGAGACCUGAGAUCCUGAAAGUGGAGGAUCCGGACAGUCCUCCAGAUGAGAUCAGAUACACGAUCAUCCGUCACCCCAAUAAUGGCUUUUUGUCACUGGCUAACCAUUCAACUGAACCUUUUCACCAGUUUACACAAGCCGACGUUGAUAGCCAUCAAGUGUGGUUCACACAAGACGGAAGCCCAUCCUCUGGAGUGUUCUACUUUAGUGUGACUGAUGGCAAACACCGUCCUCUCUACAAGCUCUUCCACCUGGACGUCGUCCCCACCUCCAUCGCCCUUGUGAACCUCUCUGACCUAUGUCUCCCACAAGGCCAGACAGCUGUCACUGUCACCAGUGCUCACCUGUUGGCAGUUACCAAUGGACGGAGCCCCCAGAUCACAUACAGGAUAACAGGCCCCCCCCAGCACGGGCAUCUGCUGCUUGAGAACCAGGUGGUCACCAGCUUUGGCCAGGAGGACGUGGACUCAGGAAGGCUGUCUUACCAUAUGACAGAUCUCACAGCUGCGGAAGACCAGCUGCAGUUCUCAGUGUUCACAUCAGAAAGCAACCUGACAGGGCAAAGGCUGGGCAUCCGUGUACAACCUCAGUUGCGGGUUGCAUCCGAGCUGAAAGUGACCAACAGAGUGGCUCAUCAGCUGAGAAGAGAGGACCUUGAUGCAAGCGAGCUUGCUAAUAUCACUAAUAGCGACCCCACAUUUGAGGUGACAGAACCCCCUGUCCACGGGAGGCUUGUGCGACGAGUGGUUCACAGUAUGACAAUGGAUGAUGCCAGGCUGUUCACACAGAAGGAUGUUGACCAAGGACUGUUGGUUCUUGAUGUGCUCGUGAAUCUCACAGGUACUGAUGCACUGAACGACUCCUUCACCUUCCUGCUCAGGGCGGACUACGUACAGCCAGCGAUAGGGCAUCUCCCCUUUACCAUAGUGCCUCGUGACCCCUUGCUGUUGCAGACUUUUACACCAGCUGUUCCGCCGGUCACUGGAGAGAACCAUAUGAGAUCAGUUUUCUCACCCCAAAAGCCUAUAGUUUCUUCAGGAUUCACAACACAAACAGAAAUGCAGGGGAGGCUGACCCAGGCCAGGUGGAAGGGCACAGAUUCCUGGGAACCACGCAGUGAUGUGGAGCCACAUGUGGACAGCACAGUUUCUCCCAUGGGGGUCAUGUGGCCACCAGCUGCUGCCAAAGUCAGCCCCAGGGCACCCAGUCAGCCUAGAGAGAGCAACUACCCACUGGUGGUCACCAUACCCUUGGCUGUGGCAUUCUUCCUGCUGAUAGUUAUUUUGGUGACUUUGUGUAUCUGGCUGCUGGGCCGGAAAGAAGAAAAACCAAAGCCGCUUAUUAACCUCAAUGCCAACCUAGAACCCAUAACCCCAAGUUAUGAGCCAGAAAGAAGCACAACUGUUCCCUCUGUCACGGUGACGCCUCUUAUCCAAAGCUCCAGGUGCCCCCCGGCUAGUCUGUUCAAGGCUCUACAGUGUGAGGAAACAUUCCCCACAAUGACUGAACCAGUAGGAAAGUGUGCCCCUUGGGAGAGCUGGGGGAACCUGGAUCCCAACAUGGUCAGGCUCUGCCGACAAACCCACCCCACCCUGAAACACAACCAGUACUGGGUGUAGAUGGAGGGCGGGCACGUCUGUUGCCAGCUGAUUUUUGUAAGUAUGAGAAGAGUCAUUGGGAAACAAUGGCCAAACACAGUGUUGGUUGAAUUAAAAAAGCAAAACAAAACCAAAAAAAGGCUGGCUGUGGUCAACACUCAGUGCCCAGGGAUAGCCCCAGAAGAGAUGGGUAGGUGUUCAUUGUAGCUUCUGCGUAGCUCUCAUGAGCUUCCGUAGUAGGCCUUCCUCCACCAAUGCCUUCUUUUGGACUUCACUUUUAUAGUAUAUACAUUGUUGUUGAUUUUCAAACCCCUCUCCAAGGAGCUUCUGAAUAUGUUUGCCCCACUGUAAGAGCAGUCAUUACACGGAUGUAGAGGCCAUUGAGGAAGGGCUUAGAUCUAUCUCAUUGAGAAUUCUGAGUCAGCAGGAAGGGUAGGAACUGUUUGAGCCAUCACAUUGGUGUGUCUGGGUAAUGUCUGGUGUUUUCUCCCUAAGAGUCUCAGGAUUUAGUUUCCCAACCCUGGAAAUGCCUUGUUGGUUGCAGGACAGUUAGAUUGGCCUGGAAGAUACUCACGAGACUAACAGUAAUGCCUCAGUGUGGUUCACAAACAAAAACACGUGGCAAAAUUUUGCUUCCGUUUGCAGACUCCACCCUGGAUGACAGACACGGGCACGGCUAUCUCCCCCACACAAACGGAAGUGCAGCCACCUUCCCUCAGAACAUAAAACAAACUAAAUUCACAAGCCAAGGUACCACUGCGUUGUGUUCCACCAAGAAGCUUCAUUCUGAUUUGUAAAGUCAAGCUUAGUACACCAAAAAUAUUUAAAGAGCUAGAUGAUAGAACUUUUGUUAAAUGCUUUUUGAUGUCUCAAUUUAGCUUUGCUUUACAACAAAUUGAAAUAAAGCCCAAUUUGUAUUUGAGUUGCCUCAUUUUACCCACCAUUACCCAGCUCCAGCGUCAGUGUCUAUAAUUAUAAAAUGAGGAUAUUGGUACUUCCAUUAGGAAAUCUUUGGGCAGCAAAUCACAAGACAUCCAUGGGAGUGGCUUGGGCGAGGGGCUUGUCAACUUUUUCUAGAAAGAGUAAGAUGAUAAAGCUUUUAGAUUUUGUGGGCCACUGAUGGUCUCUGUCAGUCAUUCUUAAUUUUUCUUUUUUAAUAGUCUGAAAAAUGUACUGUCACAUUGCAAUUUUUUCCUCAAUAAAAUUAAUUUAAAAAAGAAAGAAAUUUUGAGGCACCUACACAUGGAAUAUGAAUAGUGAAACAACCUCUAAAUUAAGCUUGAAUAAAUUUUCUUUACAGAAGUUAAUUAAUGGAAUAUAAUUAGGAGCAAAUCACUUGCUAAAUGGUAUGUUAUUGUAGGGUUAGUUCAAAACAUUGAGAGAGAAAAUAGUAUCAACUAUUCUCAUCUAUUUAU